AUGGAUGCUCCCCAAGUCUCUACAGCAUUCCCCGAAGGAGAGGGCGAUCUUUGCCUCAUAUCGAAUGACGGCGUGCUUUUCUACGUUCACAGCCAGCUCCUUCGUCACUCGUCCCCCGUCUUCGCGACCAUGUUCGAGAUCGGGGGCGGCACAGGAAAGCCCGAGGGAAAAAGCAAUGAUCCCGUUCGCAUGGAGGCAGAUGCAGCGACCUUGGAGCUCCUGCUCCUCUAUGUCUACCCGCUCCACAAGAACCCACAACUCGAGACUCUCGAGCAAAUAUCAACUCUCCUAAGUCUCUCUCAUCGCUAUGAGCUCAAUGGAGUCACCCAACAACUCCGCACGGCGUUGACAGAGUCGCCCGUAGAAGAUGAUACUGUUACUUUGCCGCUCUAUAAGAUGUCUCCACUAACAGCACUCGCGAUAGCAGAUGCAUAUGAGCUAGUGCCGGAGGCAAGGCUUGCGCUGCGUUACUGUCUGGACCUAGAUCAGUCACGACUUCUUCAAGUCACUGGAAAUAUCAAUAUUCCAGUCAGAAUAAUGAGUGUCGUCUUGGCAUUACGACAGCAGAGGAUCGACUGGUUUGCUUCGAAAAUGGACUCUGUUGGAUGGUCAGGACACAACUAUCAAGCUUAUGCAAAGGCAAGACUAGCAAUAGAGCGUAAAUUUCAAAAGCGACCGGAUCUGUGCACGCUGGAGGACGUAGUGUUUUCAAAUAACAAUCUAGACAUACCAGCUGCCACUUUCCAUCAAUGGAGAAAGGAGUGGUUUCAGAUGUAUCACAAACUACCAGAAUUUGCCUCGAAAUGA